UGAGUUCUUUCUGCAAACAGCUGCUGAAGAGUUAACAGACUGCGCUGAGUAUCAGUCCUGCAUCAGGGUCACCAUGAGCAACUACACAGUCCAGGUCUCCACUGGUGACGUUCUUUAUGCUGGCACCUCUAACAGGAUCUACAUCAAGUUAAUUGGUGCAAUCUGUAAUAGUGGACCACAUCAUCUUCACACAGUAACAGGCUUUUGGGCUGGAUCGGAGCAAACGUUCACAGUCGAGUGCAAAGAAAAUAUCGGCCAACUCUUACUGGUUGAACUGGAAGCUAAGUCACUAUCCUUUAUGCCAUUAACUGACGAUGAGUGGUUUUGUUCCGAAAUCACUGUAACGACACCUGAAGGAGCCUGUAUUCUUUUCCCAUGUCAUCGCUGGAUAGGCUGUGAGAAGAAGCUGAUUCUCAGGGAUUCUGUAGCCAUGCUAAAAUCCAAAGACACGGUUUGUGAACUGGUGGCACACAGACAAGAGAACCUGAAGAGAUGGCGCCAAGACUUCAAUUGGAGGAUACAUGCUCCGGGAUUACCUCACGCUGUACUUGCUCAAAGUCCGUAUGAGUUGCCCCAUGAGGUCAGAUUCUCUUUCACCAAAGACACAGAAUUCAAGUUCAGCUCGGCUGCAGCUUUCAUGAAGCUGAAACUGGAAUGCCCUUCAUAUGACACCUGGAUUACGUUUGAAGACCUCAGUCGGCUGAUCUCCAACAAGACAAAGACUUUCGAAUACGUGGAGAAGAAUUGGAAAACGGAUGAAUUCUUUGGAUACCAGUUUCUAAAUGGCUUGAAUCCCAUGAUCAUCAAGUGCUGCUCAAAACUGCCUGAGAAAUUCCCGGUCACCAAUGAAAUGGUCAAAAGUUUUUUACCAGAUACGAGCACGUUGGAAUCAGAAAUGAAGAAGGGAAAUAUCUUCCUCUGUGACUACGAAAGACUGAGAGACCUUGAGGGAAAUGAGAUCAACAAGAAAAAGCAGUAUCUGGCUGCUCCACUCUGUCUGCUUUUCAGCACUCAGGGCAAACUGAUGCCAAUUGCCAUCCAGUUGAACCAGGAGCCUGGACCAGGGAAUCCCAUCUUUCUGCCCUCCGACUCCGAGACUGAUUGGUUGUUGGCGAAGAUCUUUGUGAGAAAUGCAGAGUUUUGUGAACAUGAGCUGAACUUCCAUCUGCUGCGCACUCACCUGAUAGGGGAGGUCUUCACUGUGGCAACGAUGCGCAACUUUCCUUCAUGUCAUCCGCUGUUUAAGCUCCUGAUACCUCACACUCGCUACAAUCUCCAGAUCAACAUCAUGGCCAGGAGUCUGCUGAUCUCAGUGGAUGGGGUUUUCCCUCAGUUUACUGCCAUUGGAAACAACUCCAUGACAACCUUCCUGAAAAGAGCAGCCUCUUCUCUGACAUACAGCUCCCUCUGUAUUCCGGAUGAUAUCAAGGAGAGGGGAUUGGAGAAGAUUCCUCAUUACUACUACAGAGAUGAUGGUCUGGAGCUGUGGAACAUCAUUUUAAAGUUUGUGUCUGGAUUUGUGUCGCAUUACUACAGCGAUCAAGACAUCCAGGCAGACGACGAGCUGCAGGCUUGGCUUACCGAGAUAAGAGAAAACGGCCAGCUAGAACAAAGUCAGGCUGGAUUUCCAAAGUCUUUCUGCACCGUCGAAGAGCUGGCUAAGUUUGUGACCAUGGUGAUCUUCACAGUGUCUGCUCAACAUGCUGCGGUCAACAGCGGCCAGUUUGAAUUUGGGGGAUGGAUGCCCAACUUUCCAAGCUCUCUCCGAUGUCCACCACCUCAUCAAAAAGGAGAAACCAUCAGGGACUCUAUUCUUGAGACCUUACCUGACGUCAACGCCACGGUUAAUAUAAUAGCUGUUGUCUACUUGCUGAGCCUGGAGGGCUCUGAUCGGUAUCCGCUUGGACAUUACCCUGAGGAGCUGUUCAGUGAGGAGGUGCCGCUGAAACUGAAAACCCAGUUUAAAAAUGAUCUGCUUGAUCUUGAGAAGAAAAUUGAUUCCAGAAACAAGAAGCUUGCUCUGCCGUACACUUACCUGAAUCCACGAAAUGUGGAUAACAGUGUUGCCAUUUAGAAUGAGGGUCUCUACGGGGUCUUUGA